UAGAUUCGUUCAAUGACACAGUCGAUACGAUUCAAAGUUCAGAACAGAAACAUGAAGGUUCGACUUUUAUUUUAGGACAAAUUAUUUCUCAAAAUGAAUUGGCACUAGCACAAUCAAAUACAAAAUAUGAUGUUUUUGAUGAGUUUUUAGAGCUUGGUAUAAAAAGUAAAUCCCGUGGUGAUGACGCAGACAAUAAUACGAUUGUCGCAAGUGACAAAAAUAGUAAGAAACGGGAAGCCAAAAAUGACAACGUUGUACGAAAAGAAACCACCAGACGUGCUUUAAAGGACAAAUCAAAUAAAAAAAAUAAUGCCACAAAUCAGAUAAAAGAAGUCGUUAUUAGAUCUAAUCUUGUAUCUGAGAAGAAUCGGGAUAAAGACUUAUUGCAAAAGAAUAAGGGUUUAGAAAAAGACGAAAAGCGAGUCGAUUUCAAGAUUUACGAUGAUAAUAGUGAACUUAUCGUCAGUUCUGCGACAGAACCUGGUGAGUUGCAAGAACAUGACUAUUUAAACGACACACAUAUUUCGGAAGACUGGCGUGAUAUGAAGCCAAUCAUGACAUCAACUCCCGUCAAAGUUACAAAUGAUUCGCAAUAUCACACAAAUAAUGUAUCUUCAGCAUCACUCGAAGAAAUUGGUAACAUCUUACCGUCAGAUGACGACACAGAAGAUAAAGAAGACAAAGAAGCUUUAAAAAGUCCACCACGAACAGCCGAUUCCCAAAAAGAAGUCGAGAAACAAUCAGUAGGGUCGCUUGAAUCAAAGGGCGACCAAAAUAGACAAGAAAACUUGGAUUAUGAUCCAUCACCUGACCCGCUUACACUUCCAAUCCGACCGGAAGACCAGAGAUUGCCACCACCACCAAAAGGAGGAUAUCAAAUAAUAAAAAGGAUCCUGGAUAGACCGUUAACACCAACUUCAGAGAUUGAUGAAUUGUCUGCUGCAUAUUAUAUGUAA